AACAGGUCCGCAAGGCCUUCAACAAAGGCACCCCACACCGCGCCAACAUGUAGCGACCAAGAACAUUUCCUAUUUCAAACAAAAAAAAAAUAAAAAAAACACAAAAAAAGAGAAAAAUUUGUAGUAAACUUGAUGAUAAAUGGAUCGCGUAGAAGACGCGGAAGAGGCGCUGGAGGGGGAGGCUGCGGCGGCCAGUGCUGCGGGCGGCCAGGCUGAGGGUCUGGAAGGUGGAGCCGAUGGGCCGGAGCGGCUUGGGGAGGAACCAGCUCCAGCAUUGGAGGACGACGCCUUUGACGGGGACGCCGGCGCCGUGGGGGUGGCAGAGCUCCGGGAGGAAGAGCAAGAGGAUGCGGAGCCCGAGGAACCGGAGGAGACGUACGAGUACACUGAACAACAGGUCCGGGACAUCCGCGCGGCCUUCGGCGCGUACGACGAGGUGCUCAACGACACCAUCCCCAUCGGGCGCCUGGGCUGCGUGCUGCGGUCCCUGGCGCUCUACCCCACCGAGGCGGAACUGCGCGCCGCGGCCAAGUGGCUGGACGCCGACCCCAUCAGGGGCGUCGUGCGCUUCAAGGAGUUCCUCAUCAUCAUGGGCCGCGCCCUCAAGGACCCCAUCACAGAGCAGAAAGUGCUGGAGGGCUUCCGCAGCAUGGACAGGCAGGGCACGGGGCUGGUGAGCCGGGCCGUGCUGCACGACGCGCUCACCACCACGGGCGAGAGGCUGUACCCGCUCGAGUUCGCCGCCUUCAUCAAGUACGCCGACCCCAAGCGGAAGGGCGUCGUCAAGUACGAGGACUUCGUGAGCAAGAUGAACAGCGGCAAGCUCGGCAAGAAGAAGAAGAGGAAGAAAAAGAAGAAGAAAAAGAAGAAGAAGAAAAAGAAGGGCAAGCCGAAGCGCGUCGGAGAAGACACGAGCAGCUCUGGCUCGUCUUGCGAGGAACUCAGCGUGUAAAUCAGGGGCGUUCUUCGUUGUUCGAAAAGGCUUUAUUUCCAUUUUGUUUGCGGGCGACACGGCCGAGAGAAAAGUAUAAAAAAUAUAUUCUAAA